GCUUCGUUAAAUUGCUUCUAUUCUCACCUGGCUUGUGAACGCUUUAUAUGGUCUCUUUGGAUGUCCCUCUUCCCACUUACGAAGAGCUUGAAGCUGAUGAGAUCAAGCUUACUGCGGUACCAUUAUUGGCUGCAGGCAUUCACUUGGGAAAGUUUUGUGAUGAUCAGUGCAAAGAGUUUAUGCUCUGCCGUUACGAAAAUCAUGACCCCCGGGCUUGUCUCACCGAGGGCAAAAAUGUGACAAGUUGCGCCCAGAAUUUUUUCAGGCAAUUGAAGAGGCACUGUUCUGCUGAAUUUACAAGUUAUUUUACCUGUUUACACAAAUAUGGUGGACCAACCUAUCGCCUUGACAGAUGCCGUACGACCCAGUACCCCUUCGAUUCAUGCAUGAAAGAGCACCUUAAUCUGGACCGCCCAGAGCCUGGUUACUUUAAUCGUGUCCGGCUGCACAAAACAAACCGACCGAAGCCGGAACCUGGAAUUGCCCCGAUGCCUGAAGCUUUGCCAGAUAUUCCUAAUUUCGUUGAUUUACCCGAACCGGAGCGCCUGAAGGAUCGCAGGAAGGUCAAUGACUGGAUAGCGUAACACUCAGUCUCCUUAGGCAUGCGACAUUACUUUGUAGCAAUCCGAGUGACCAGGAAUACUUCUUGAUGAAAUGUGUAUAAACUCUGUUACACUUUUUGGUGACCUUAAUACUACGUGCGCUUGCGGAUGGAGGGUAGAUCGGUGCUCAAUGUGAUCAUUCAGCUUUCCGUGUCCGCCACUGUCAGUCUGGUCCAGUCUGCAAAUAUCGUAUGCCACCAAGUGUACUUCGGCUAUUUUAUGGUCGAGUACAUUGUUCACAGCUCGGGAAGUUCUUCCAUCCCUGAAUAUCGCAUUCCAUUCUGAUCGUGCUUAUAAUCACAUAAUGUCAGAGGAUGCGAUCUCGCCCACUGCAUCCUUAUAGAGAAUAAGGAUUGGGAUUUAUCACUAAAAGCACACAGAUCCAUUCAGACAGUGGUGCAAAGCCACAUAUUACAAUUGAGACCGGACUGAGCUCAAAAUGCACUUCCGUGAAUCAUUGUCAAUGUGUUACGUGAUUCCCGCCACCUUGUCCGUCACGAAAUUUCGCCUAUUUAGUCUUGAUACCAGCAAGGAUGUGCAACGAACUGGAUGCAGUUGUUCUGCAUUACUAAGCGAGAGUGAGUUGAUUCUUGCGUAAUUGAUCGCCCGAGAGCUGGAACGAAAUAAAAAAAGUAGUGUAAUAAAUACUACAUUUAAGC